AUGGAGGUUUAUAAUAUAACAGCAGAAGGAGUGUUGCCUGAUGGCAUAACAUCGUUUCGGUUUGGAGACCACGAUCAACCAAUAACAGAAGGAGCACUACCAAAUAGUUUAACAUCACUACAAUUUGGAUAUCGAUAUAAUCAACUAAUAGGAAAAGGAGUACUACCAAAUAGUUUAACAUCAAUACAAUUUGGAUAUGAUUAUAAUCAACCAAUAGCAGAAGGAGUACUACCAAAUAGUUUAACAUCAAUACAAUUUGGAUAUGAUUAUAAUCAACGAAUAACAAAAGAAGUACUACCAAAUAGUUUAACAUCAAUACAAUUUGGAUAUCGAUAUAAUCAACCAAUAACAAAAGAAGUACUACCAAAUAGUUUAACAUCGUUGCAAUUUGGACAUCAAUAUAAUCGACGAAUAACAAAAGAAGUACUACCAAAUGGUUUAACAUCAAUACAAUUUGGAAAUGGUUAUCAUCAACCAAUUGCAGAAGGAGUAUUACCAAAUAGUUUAACAUCGUUGCAAUUUGGACAUCAAUAUAAUCAACCAAUAGCAAUAGGAGUACUACCAAAUGGUUUAACAACAAUACAAUUUAGAUAUCGAUAUAAUCAACUAAUAGCUAAAGGAGUAUUACCAGAUAGUUUAACAUCAAUACAAUUUGGAUAUGAUUAUAAUCAACUAAUAGCAGAAGGAGUACUACCAAAUGGUUUAACAACAAUACUAUUUGGACAUCAAUAUGAUCAACUAAUAACAGAAGGAGCACUACCAAAUAGUUUAACAUCAAUACAGUUUGGAUAUCGAUAUAAUCAACCAAUAGCAGAAGGAGUACUACCAAAUAGUUUAACAACAAUACUAUUUGGACAUCAAUAUGAUCAACCAAUAACAGAAGGAGUACUACCAAAUAGUUUAACAUCGUUGCAACUUGGAUAUCGAUAA